AUGGUGACUAGGUUAUUGAGUCGUGUUAUAAUUCCUUUAUGUGUUAAUUCGAAGAUAAUUAAACCUAACCUCAUAAGCGAACACGAAAAAAUUAUUACCAUCGGCACAAAUCUAACAACUUUAAGAAACUAUGCUAAAAGCAAAGAUAGAGGUAAAGAUAAAAAGAGUAGUAAAGGGGGUGGAAAAGUUGAUAUUAAUCCAACUAUGAUAUCCGAGUUGGUUCCUAUAGAAAAACUUAAAAGUAGAUGUCACAAUGCUAUUGAAAAGAUGAAAGAAGAUUUUGCUAAAAACCUCUCUCUGAGAUCAACAACUGGUGCUAUAGAUACUCUUCAAAUUAAGUAUGAUGGUAAAGAUUAUGAGCUACAAGAACUAGCACAAAUAGUUAGAAAAAACCCUAAAACCCUUGUCAUAAACUUUUCAUCUUUCCCACAAGUUAUACCAGAUGUUUUAAAGGCAAUACAUAGCUCAGGCCUUAAUUUAAAUCCUCAACAAGAUGGAACAACAUUAUAUGUACCAGUGCCUAAAGUUACAAAAGAGCACAGAGAAGCAUUGGCAAAAAAUGCUAAAUCUUUAUUUAUCCAGUGCAGAGAUGCUGUUAAAGAUAUCCAGAAUGAGUAUAUUAAAAAGAAUAAAAAACAGACUGGAGUUUCUGAAGAUUUAGUUUUUAAUGUGAACAAACAAAUAACUGCUUUAUGUGAUGAAUAUUUGAAUGAAGCCAAAAGUAUAUAUGAAGCUAAGCAUAAUGAAUUGCUUGGAAAA